GAAAACCCAUGUUUCUAAUUUAAGCAUGAGACAGUAAUUACUCAUACAGCCAGAGAGGAUUCCAAGUCCCUGCCUAUUUGCAGCACUAUCUAAAAACAAUCAACUCAUCUUUCAAAUCUGACCAAACUACAAAUGAUGUCAUCGCUAUAAGGACUGGGGCUUUCAUCACCUCCUUGACGUAGGAUGUGUACAUGGCUCUCCAGGCCAGAGUUGCUCCAAGCAAGGUUGUUUUGCAGAAGCUUCUUCUAUGUGUCAUCCUGUUCUACACUGUGUACUAUGUGUCCCUGAGCAUGGGCUGCAUAAUGUUUCAGGUGCAUGAGUUGGAUGUCCUGGCACCAUUCGAUUUCAAAACAAAUCCCUCAUGGAGCAACGUAUAUUACAAAGUUCUUUUAGUUUCAACAGAAGUCACCUAUUUUGUUUGUGGAUUGCUUUUUGUUCCGGUUGCGGAAGAAUGGGUUUGGGAUUAUGCUAUUUCAGUAACUAUUCUUCAUGUUGCCAUCACUUCAACUGUUAUGUUGGAAUUCCCCUUGACAUCACAUUGGUGGGCUGCUUUAGAUGGCCACCCAGAGAUACUUCUGCAUAGAAUCCUGAGGCUGCUACUGCACAGAUGUGAUGCUUGCUGCCUCUGGAUCCGGCUUAAUUUCAAUGAUAUGUGGAGGCCAGACUUUAGCAUACUGUUUGUUCAAAGACAACUUUAUCUAUCCAGAUCUGGAUAAUUUUUAACAGAACAGUUGAAUUAAUUUGCCUUAGAAUGUCUGCAUUAUUACAUACGUUGUGUCAGAGCCAAAUUUUAUUUUUUGUUCAAACUUACAUUCAAGGUUAAAUAUAUUCAGUAUAAAAAGAAGUUAAUGGAGUGCAGAACAACUCAAGUAAAAAACUUCAUAAGCAAAAUGUUGAAACUCUUAACAUGUAGUGUUUCCCAAAGUGUGUUCCAGAAAAUGCUGGUUCUAGAAGAUGUAAUUGCUGUGCAAAGGAGAAACAGUUUCGUGUUUAUAUGCAGAAUCCUGGGUUUAAGUAAAACACUUAUUUCAGGACUUCUCUGAAUGUGUAUUUAUUUUUGAGACAGAAUCUCACUUUGUUGCCCAGGCUGGAGUGCAGUGGCAAUAAUCAAAGCUCACUGCAACCUCCGACUCCCGGGCCCAAACAAUCUUCCUGCCUCAGCCUCUUGAGUAACCAGGACAACAGGCACCUGCCACUACACCUGGCUAAAAUCUUUAACAUACUAUUAUGAACAAGCCAUCUCUAAGCUACAGUGUACAUUAUGUAUUUGACCAGGGACACACUUUCGAAGCUGCUGAUAUAUCCUGUGGAAAGUAUAAUGUACUAAGAGGGCAGAUUCAAACCUAAUGUGAAUCCCUGCAACCAGAAUUACAUUCUAUGAUUAGCCUCUGGUAUUUGUUCUCUUUUAGAGCAUUUCUUAUGAAAUUAUUUCCUUUUUUUAGACUGUGGUCUUCAAACACAGUGCUUUUCAAAAUUUAAUGUGCAUUUGAUUUAUCUGAGGAUCUUGUUAACAAUUCAGAUUUUGGUUCAGAGGGCAGGAAUGGGGCCUAAGAUUCUGAAUUUCUAGGGACCUAGGAUUCUGAAUUUCUAGCAAGUCCCAAGAAAUGCCAGUGCUUGGGCCAUACUAUGAGUAGCAAGGGUCUAAGCAAUUGGGAUUGUAUUUUUUUAAGUUGGCAUAGUUCUGUAUCACCAGUCCUCUAUUUAAAAAAUAAAAUUAUUAUUCCAUAAAUGCCUGUUGAAUGACGUAAACUGAGGUGAGCUAAGUUUUUAUAACUGUGUUAAAUAUUUACCAUAUUCUAAUGUAGUUAAAGUAUCUCCUGAUAUAAAAUAAGUGCCUACUAUGGUAACAACUAAAAUGUAAGGAUAAGAAAAGGGACAGGAAAGUAACACUCCCUCAAACACACACCUACACGAAUGAGAAACUAAACUAAACCAUUGCCAAGAUUUUUCUCCUGAGUCUUUUCACCCUAAAAAUGCAUCUCUUCCACAAAGGCGUUCAUUCUCCCAAUAAGAAAUGUCAUGCUGAUUUUCUGUAUUUUAUGUGUCCUUCCAAAAACUGUGAUGUAUUGAUCAGUUGCUAGUUUAGAAAAUGUAAACUUACCAGGUACAUUUAAGCUUGAAAAUAUGACACUGCUUCUUUGCUUCUUUCCCACAUUACUUAUCACAUGAACUUUUGUAUUCCAUCCACUAUUCCCAUUCUUCCAGUUAAUUUCUUCCAAAAUGUUUGAUCACGGAAGUAACAAAAUCUGCAGUUCACCUAAUCAGUGAAGGGACUACGAAUUCUUAUUACUAAUGAAGAUUUUUCUAUCUUUUAAGGAAGGCAGCAUGUGAUAGCUAUGAAAGUGCCAGCAAUACGAGCUUUGAUUCUCCAAUUAAAACCCCCAUUGACAGCACACAGGGAAAAGUGCCUUGCCAGAGAGACAAUGCAACUCAAUUCUGCUCUGUGCAAAGUGCAGACACUGAACAAACCAUGAAUACACUGAUGAGGAAGUGUGCUCCUGUAAAAUUCACACCCUUGGAAGAAAUUUGCAGAAACACUAAAACCACCUAAGUACAUUUGUUAAUUAAAAGAGAUUUGGUUGAUUAAGUACUUUUUAAUAUAAUGAGAAUUAAGUUCUACUAGUAAAUUAGAAUAACAAUCUCUCCAGACUCAGAAGACCUUAAUAUCUUGUCAUUCUGUAGUGUUGCUUAAUUAGUGUGUUUAUUUCUAGGAUUAGAAAUCCACCUGCUCAGGAAAUUACUAUUGUGUUACUCCUUCAUUUUAUUUCUUCUGAUCAUAGGAAUAACCUGUGCUUUUCCUCUUUUACUCAAUAAGAUGAUUACCAUUGUCUAUUUGAUGACAUCUCUUGACACAAAAAAAUUUAAAAUUCAAUUAGAACACAUAUUUUAGCACAAAAAUAUUGUAUAUCAAGCAUAUCAACUAAACAUUCACUUUAGUUUUUGUUGCUUUAAAUGAUAAAUAAAACCUUCUCAAAGGUCAAGAGUUAUGUUUAUUUAACUAACUUUUCUAGUGUCCCAUAUAAAAGCAUAAGGUGGGAGAAUCCUACUCAGUAUUUUGAUGCAUAUUUUUAGUAUUAAUAUUUUCAUAUUUUUAAGAAGGACAAUACUUUAACGUUAUGCAUAACUUCUUCACAAAUAUGCUUUAAAGUUAUUAUACCAUUGUGUUAUUUUAUAUUUAAAUCCACUUACAUACUGCUUUAGUAACGUUUUACUUAAAAAAAUUGUGUCCCACAUGAAUGAACAGUAUCUUUUCUGUUGCUGAUAAUAAUCCCAAAUAUAUAUAUGAGAACUAUUUUCACAUUUGCAGUGUAAAGAUCAGAUUCCUAUCUAAAAUCUCAUGGUUUUUGUUCAACCAAUUUACCUUAAUAGCUGAACUGAUAAAUUCUAAAGCUGUUUAGUAUCACUAAAGCUACAGAGAUUAUCCUAUAAAAUUGUGAACAUAUAUAAGAUCAUUUUGUUUAUGAUAAGUAUCUUACAGAAGAACAAAAGCACUUCCUAAUGUUGUUGCUUUAUACACUUUAGAAACAUGAGUUGCUAGGUAAGUAAAUGCAUAACAAAGCAUCCAUAGAUACAGCUUUCGUAAAAAUUGUCACAAAAGGAAGAAAAUGCAACAUGGUUUAUAUGAAGAUAAUGUAAUUAUUCUAUAGAAAAUUUCAACUUUGUAAAAAGUUAUAAAAUAUGUAACUAUUUGGGAAUAUUUCACAUUUUUAAUAGAGGGCAAUAAAAUUACAACUUUUCCAUGUAUUUUUCCUUACAUAGCUGUCUCUUAUAUUUUCUUUUAUUCUAUAAAUAUUUUUGGUUGUUCAGUAACAAGAAGCUCAAAUACAUCCUAAAAAACAGUUAAUUACCACUUGACUUCCUUCUUAGUGAAGAAUAUUGACCACCACCAUUCCCACAUACCCAAUAAUUCAAACACACCCAAAAUAUUAUUUCAACUAAUUAUUUUAAAUGACACCUUUGUAAAAAUAUCAAAUUGUUAAUCUAACCAAUAUUUUAAAAGUUGGUUUAACAUUUCAUUAUUUAAAACUGAGUUUUAUUUUAUUAUGCCUGUGUAUUUCUUGUACAUUAACACUCUUAGAGAGUGCCACAGUAUUAUAAUCCUUAUUGUUUAAAAACAAAAAAAUACAAAAAGUCUGAAGAAGAAAACCAAGUUAACUCAUAGUCUUACAAUUUAGAGUUAAGAUAAUCUGAGUCAGCAUUUGUGUAUGUGUGUGUAUAUGUCAAUGUGUGUGUAUAUGUCAAUGUGUGUGUGCAUUAUUUGAAUACUUUGGAUUUUACUGCAGUUUUAAAUUCUACUUUAAAACUUAAUGUUAUAUUCUAAACAUGUUAUUUAAAAUAUUUCAAACAGCUGUACAUUUUUCUGUGAUGUAUUAUAAUUUAUUUAAUAGUAUUGAUGCUUGAAUUUUUUGUAUUUUUUUCUCACAUUAAGUAGAUACACCUUAGAUAGGUCUUUAUUUGCAUUCUUGGAUAUUUUUUUUAAAUGAAUCACUAGAAGUAGAAUUAUUAAGUCUAUGGUGUGACAAUCUUUUAUUAUUAAAAAUAUUUCCAAAUUGCUUUUCAAAUUAUUCUCCCCUCAGCAGUUUGAGCAUACACACUUUGCUAUAUCCUUCCAACAUUAAGAAUGAUUAUUUUACACUAUUUAAUAUGCAUCUAACAAUUAUAUUUUUACGAAAAAAAUACCAACUCCAAAGUUGUUGCAAAAAACUGAUUUGUGUAAUCAAAAGCUAAAUUAAGGUGGUUAGUAAGCCAAAUCUAAUUCAGAAGAAUUUAAUUUCAUUCUACUUCUGGAGUAGCCUUUAACAACAAAUAUGGAUUAAAUGCCACUCUGCACAGGAUGCCAGUUACCCAUCCAUCUAUGUAGCUAUUCAUGUAACCAGCCAACAAAUAUUUAUUGAAUGCCUCCUACAUGUCAGUCAAUUUCGCUGGGUCCUGGAAUACCAUGCUAGUCACUAUGGGAAAUAUAAAAGCAAAGGACACAUCUGAUUUUUUUUCGCAGUUCCCAUCUUUUGGUUCACCUAAGCAUAUCAUGUCUCAAGAGGUGGGGAAAGGAAGACAGAAAGGAGGAAGUUUGCAUUGGAACCCUACCCCUAUCUCUUAUUAACUGUGUGGUCCAGAUGAAUCUUUUUACCUUACCUUACAAGUGAGUGGCACUUGUUAAAUUAAAUAACGUUUAGCAUGGUCAAGUGUAACAGGUAAAGCAGUGUAUCCAGUAAUCGUCAUAUCUGUAACUAACUGCUUUUGGGUAGAUGAUAGGGCAUAAAAGGAGGAGAGAUUUAAGCUAUUUGAAGGCAGGAACAUGGUUUUGUUCAGUGUUAUAACCAACUUCUAAAACAGUGUCUGGUACAUAUCAAGUGCACAAUAAAUAUUUGUUAAAGGAGAAAAAACAAAUUCAUUUUUCCUUGCUUCAAAGCAGUCAGCUACUUAGUUGCAAACUGGAAGACUCCAGGGAAGUAUCAAACAGGGGCACACCUGGGAAGGGACUGAUCAUUGAACCGAUUCAACCAAUCAAAAGUCUUUCAUGUCCUAAGGACAAGACAUGCAUAGAUUGCCUUGGAGAAAGAAGAUAUCAAGUAGCAAGGGAGUAAAAUGUUUAAACCUAAUGUAAUUGGACACAUUGUACAUUCCCAGUACUCCUGUUGAGAGCAGACUCAGCAAAAACAACAUCUUUAAUUCUCAACUCAUUAGUAAGUAAAGCAUAUUUUACAUAAGGUUUUUCGGGGAAGAGGGAGGAAGGGAUUGCAUUGCACUUGACAAAGCAUACUGCUUUAGCCCUUCAUUAGACAUCCUGGCUCUCUCCUCUAGCUGCUGCUAAUUGCCAUAUCUCUUUUCUCUUCCUUGCCUUCUCUCCACGCAACCUCUAAAAAACACCUGUAUGCUCCAAGCCAAGCACAUCAGACCACAGCUAACUUAUACAGGCAAUCGAAGCAAAAUCCUUAGCUGACCAAAGAACAACUAUCCUUUGUUCUCCAAUCUUGUUCCUUCAGAGUAUCACUUUGUCCUAUCCCAAAGGACCUUCCAAGACAGUCACCUUAUCAAAAGAUAUCAAGUCUCUUCUCAGGGCCAAAUUUUGCUGCUGGAAUGGAAAUAUUCUAUGUAUGUCAUAGGACAGUUCUAGCCAAUAGCACUUUCUGUGAUGAUAAAAAUGUUCUGUAUCUACGCUGUGUUUACACAGUAGCCACUAGCUACAUAUGGCUAUUGAGCUCUUGAAACGUUGUUACUGUGAUUGAGGAACUAAAUUUUUAAUUUAAGUUAAUUUAAAUUUAAACCAGUGGCUACUGCAUUUACCAGUGCAGAUCUAGAGGAUCUCCUUGUCAUUUUACAAGGAAAAGAUAGUAGCAUCUGCAGAUAUUAGAAUUCCCAAUCAGGCUCAGCUUGAGGCUAAGUUUUUAAGGGCAGAAAGAUCCACCCUGGAGAAGCAUCCGCAGUAAUCAACUUCCAUAAUCAAAACUAGAUUAAUCUUCCUCUUCUCUGGGCACCCACUGUUUGUGAUUGCAGUGGAAAAUGAGAAGGAAAAAGAUCCAUCAGUUACACAGUGACAGAAAAAAAUCCAGAUGGAGAUGCCCCAACUGGACACUGCCUUAGUGCAGGGGCAGAGUCAAUUCCAUGGCCUGGGGUGGCACGGACACACGAGCACUUGAGCAAUCUCAAAGUGGCUUAUAAAAAGUCAUUGUCUGUCAGUGGAAAACAUUUACCAGAAGAUAAUCAAAUGGGCAAAAGCCCAAGUGGGACUAGGAAUGAAUGCCAUUCCAGCUUUCCAGAACUCAGGACACUCCAAAAGGAAAAGUACACAAAUCCCAGAGACAUGGUGCAUAAAGGCUGUGUGUACAUUGUGCAGUAAUGUACAAUUUGUUGGUGUCUUUAUUUCCUUUCAUAUAAAAAAAAUGUGGCUGGGCAAGGUGGCUCAUGCCUAUAAUCCCAAAACUUUGGGAUGCUGAGGUCGGCAGAUCAUUUGAGGUCAGGAGUUUGAGACCAGCCUGGCCGACAUGGUGAAACCCCAUCUCUACUAAAAAUACAAAAAUGAGCUGAGCUGGGCACGACGGUAUGCACUUGCAAUCCCAGCUACUCAGGAGCCUGAGUCAGGAGAAUCACUUAAAUCUGAAAGAUGGAAGUUGCAGUGGGCCAAGAUCAUGCCACUGAACUCCACCCUGGAGGACAGAGCAAGACCCUGUCUCAAUAGUGAUAAUAAUAAGUUUAAAAAUUAACUUCUACCUUAGAGCUAGGACUGAAAGUUGACUUUCUUUCCUCUUUCAUGAAUGUUUCAUAUCAGUGGGUCUUAAAUGUGAAAAUGUGCUAGCCAUGCUUUAGAAACAAACAAGAAACAGUCUCAGAAAUACAUAAUCUUGCAAUCCAGCUCCCCUUUCCCUUUCCUUAAUAGGGCUCCUGGUUCUCUACUGGAACUAACACCACAUGUACAGUCUACAUGGAGUAUUAAAUGGCAGUGUGUUCCAAACCAUCAGCAUCCACUUGGGUUAAUGGCAUCAAGACAAAAAGAAUAAAUGGUAAUUAGAGGUAGUGAUGCCUACUAUGUUAUAUGACUAUUUUUAUAGCCACAAUGGCUUUCACCAUUGAGCAUCAUUCUAUGUCUUGAAUGAUUUGGGAACAUAAAAAUAACUUAGGAUUCUCAGUAAUUCUGAGAAUGAAUUAUGUUUUAAGUGGUCAUUUCCAGAAGAUACUGUCAAAUAUAUUAAAUCCUAUAACAGCUACCCCUUGUCCUUCCCCUCAAAAUGUUUCAUAAUCUUUUUAAAAUUUGCUGUGCUUUUAUUCUCUGAAGAUUACAGAUUUUCAUUUUUAUUCAACACUGAAAAAAAUUAGUAAAUUAAGAUUUAUACAGGAGUUAUCAAGUUAGACUUACAGUUAAUUUUCUAUCAAAUUUAAAGUAGUCAGCAAGUCUCCUAAUGAGUGUAUCAGUGUACUUUGUUAUGAGUCAUCAGCAGCUCUUUCUAGGAUAUUGCUGUCACAAAAUGACCAGAAUGCAGAUAAAAUUAAAGGUUGGCAUUAGGCAGAAAAAUUACUAUUUGGUGCCUUCUGAAAAACUUGGAAGUUUUUUUGAUAACCAUAAUAUAGGACAUUAUGGUAAGCACUGAAUAAGUACAGCAUGCCAUUAUACAUUGUACAUUACUCGUUGUACAACUGAGGAAUUGAGAGAUAAGUAUUUGUUUAUAGACAGGUACAAAGAACCAUGGUGAGGUUUCUGCCCCUACUGUUAGCAACCUUUCACUGUAGAAUUGUUCUAAUCCUUCAGCUACUGCUCUCACCUACUUUUCCUUCAUCCUUGUGUGCCAAGUGUUCAGGCAUGAUUCUUCCAUUCUUCCUUGGAAGGUAGCUGAAUGCAUGCUUUUGGUCUUGCCAAAGGCCAGGGAGCUUUGUGCUAAAGCUAGCAGCUGAUCUUAGUCAGCUGGAAGCUAUCACUCACACAACAGAAUAUCAUCACCAGGAGAAGAGCUGGAAGCAAAUGCCCCUCAGACAAAAGGUCUCAGGCAAAGAUCACAGGAAGAUUUCACAUAAAUCCAAUUGCCUCUCAUCUCCACAGCUUCACUUUAUCUAGAAUGUGGGGUCAUCCUAGGUGCUGCAGUAGGCAGAGCAUCUCUGGAUGGCCUUUACCUGCCUCCCUACCUCAGUCCUGUGGAGGGGAUGAUCAAACUUCCUCUCAUUCUUAUCACCCCAGGUCCCAACUCUAGGUGUUAUCUGGGAUUUCCCUGAGGACCUAAAGUGGAUAAAGAGCUUUGUAUUUUCAAGGAGUCAUACAGUUUGGAAGGAAAUUAGGGUCUACAGGAGGUAGUGAGAUCUCAGAUGUGGCCUCCUGGGAAAGGAGUCACUAAGGGGUGUCCCCUUGCCUCUUUCUACUCCAAUAUCACCCCCAUCCCACUUAACGAAGAAGAGCCAUCUCAAAAAGCUCUAAUGAAAGACUUGGUCUGAACUAUGUAAUGCAGAGAUAUGGUCCAAGGAAAACACAAACCCAUGAAUCAGAGCACAACAGGCACAAUUUUUUUUUUUUCAUUUUACACAACAUAGUUCUUCCCAAAAUGACAAAUCAACUGAGCAAACAUACCUCUAUGGAAGAUAGCAUAUUCAAGAUAUGGAAGAAUUUCAACCACAGGGAUAAAAAGAAGGCAGCAAUUUUAAAACAAAUAUAUAUAUUCCAUAUUUUCCCUCAAACAAAAUAGGAAACACCAUUCCUUCAGUGACAACAGUUGGUAAUCAUACAAAAGCAAGAGAUUUAGAAAUCAUGGAAAUGAAAAAUACAGUCAUUGCUAUAAAAAGCUAAGUAGACAAGAUAAUUAGUGGUCUAAAUAUGGCUAAAGAAAAAGAUUAAUGACUUGAAAAAAGAACUGAGAAACUCAGAAUUCACUACAGAAAAAGAGAUGGAAAAUAUGGAUAAUAAGUUGAAACAUGAUUGAGAAGCUUCAACACCCAUUUAAUCAGCAUCUACAAGCAUAUGCCAGUAAAAAUAAAGAAGAGAAAACAUGUGGCUAUAACAGCUGAAGGGUUUCUGAAACUGCAGAGGCAUAUGUGUUUCCAGGUUAAAGGGUGUACCAAAUGUCAAGUCAGAUAAAUGAAAGAACCCAAACCUCAUCAAGACAUACAGAAAUUGAAGAAUAAUGAUGACAAAGAUAAACUCUUAAAAACAACCAGAUAUAAAAAGUAUUUUUUUCUGAAUAGUACC